AUGUUCGGCCUGCAGGAUGCGGGCCUCCAGCCCCGGGGCCCCAUGGCGAGCCUCAAAGAGGAGCCCCUGGCCCCCCUGCGCGCGGGAUGGAUGCAACCCGCCAUGCUCGACCAGACCAGGAACAUGGAGGCCGUAUGCUCGGAGUAUUUGGUACCCAGCCAGAGGAUGCUCUUCAGCGUGGGCCUGGGCCGUGCCCACUUCGAGAAGCAGCCACCGUCCAACCUGCGCAAGAGCAACUUCUUCCACUUCGUGAUCGCGCUGUACGACAAGGCAGGCCAGCCCGUCGAGGUGGAGCGCACCGCUUUUGUUGGCUUUGUCGAAAAGGACCAGGAGUCCGACGGCCAAAAGACCAACAACGGCAUCCACUACCGGCUGCAGCUGUUGUACGCCAACGGUGUCCGUCAGGAGCAGGACCUGUACGUGCGGCUCAUCGAUUCCGUCACCAAGCAAGCCAUCGUCUACGAGGGGCAGGACAAGAACCCGGAGAUGUGCCGCGUGCUGCUCACGCACGAGGUCAUGUGCAGCCGCUGCUGUGACAAGAAAAGCUGCGGCAACCGCAACGAGACGCCCUCGGACCCGGUCAUCAUCGACAGGUUUUUCCUCAAGUUUUUCCUCAAGUGCAACCAGAAUUGCCUGAAGAACGCCGGCAACCCACGAGACAUGCGCCGGUUUCAGGUGGUCAUCUCGAGCCAGGUGAACGUCGAAGGCCCCCUGCUGGCUGUGUCGGACAACAUGUUCGUGCACAACAACUCCAAGCACGGUCGGAGAGCCAAGCGUCUGGACCCGACUGAAGUGCCGUUCGCGGCAACGCCGUGCAUCAAAGCCAUCAGCCCCAGCGAAGGCUGGACCACGGGUGGCUCUACGGUCAUCAUCGUCGGGGACAACUUCUUCGACGGUCUUCAGGUGGUCUUCGGCACCAUGCUUGUCUGGAGCGAGCUGAUCACGUCGCAUGCGAUCCGGGUGCAGACCCCUCCUCGGCACAUCCCGGGCGUCGUGGAAGUCACGCUGUCCUACAAGUCCAAGCAGUUUUGCAAAGGCGCGCCAGGAAGGUUCGUCUACGUCUCCCUGAACGAGCCGACGAUCGACUACGGGUUCCAGAGAUUGGCCAAGCUGAUUCCCCGGCACCCGGGCGACCCGGAGAAAUUACCCAAGGAGAUCAUCCUGAAGCGGGCGGCGGACCUCGCCGAGGCCUUGUACAGUAUGCCUCGGCAGAACCAGCUGGCGUUGCAGGGUCCGCGGUCUCCGGUGCUCAAUAGCGGCUCGGCCGGCUUCAACGCGUACGCUGCCGCGGGUCAGCUGGCCGUCAACGUGCAGGAGAACGGCGCCGAGUAUGGCCGCUCACAGAGCAGCAGCGUGUCCCCGCGGGGCUACGGCUCGAACGCCUCCACGCCGCACAGCAGCAACGGCGCCACUGUGGGGCCGUACGCCGGCGGCGCCGCCGCGAACGCCACGUACGCCAGUGUCGCCGGGGCCGUGCCUUCUUCCCCGGGACUCUUCAAUGGUUCGUGUCGCAUGGGCGGCAUCGUGCCGUCCCACUUCGCGGCCAUGAACCCGUUCGCCCUGCCCACGUGCAACGGCCAGUCGUACGGGGGCUCCAUCGUCACGUCCGGCGGCAAGUGA